UGAGUCGCAGUUGUGUGUUUUGAAUGUUGCGGAGGCGUAGUUUCACUAACUUCGGAACUUUGUGUUAUGGACACUGUGUAGUGAAUGUGUUGUAAUAACAUAUAGCAGUUUGUUGUCAUUUGCUGACGUCGCAGUGCGAAAGCUAUGUCCAAAAUGUUGAAGAGGAAAUUUGAUGACGACAUGGACUCGACCUCUGGAGGAAGAGCUAAGCAAGACGAAUUGGAGGUGACAGGUGUUUCGCGCUCAGGUCGAGUUCGCAAGAAGUCUUCAAAAUUGAUGGAUUUUGAAUCGCCUGAUGAUAUUGACAAUCGGUAUAGGCGACGUGGUGGCGACUCAUUUAGUUCUCCUGUUGCUGGUAGCAGUGGCGGCAGAGGGCGAGGCAGGGCAUCGUCCACAUUACACUCAGACCGCACAACAUCCAGUUCUGGUGUCCAUCAUCGUGAUACCUUGUCAAAUGAUGGGGGAGAUGAUAUCUAUUCAAGUUCAGAUGAGUUCACAGGAGAUGUUCAAGAUGAUGAGUCCAGUUCCAGUUCUUCAUCAUCUUCUGAUGAUGAAGCAGCAUCUGACGAAGAUCGACUUGUGGAAGAACGUAAUACAACAGCCAUCCCCGAUGAAAGCAACAGCCGGACAGGUGAUGAAGGACCUUCAGGCUCAGGAACAGCAUCUCGUGGAGGUCAGUCACUGUAUAUGCUCGAGAAAUCAACUAAGAAGAAACUUGUGGUGCGAGAUGGCCGUGUAGUUGGACGUACUAAAGCACAACGGAAGGAUAAAGGCAAAACACGGUUCACUGCCUACAUGCUUUGGGCAAAGGAGGUUAGGCAGGAAAUACUGCGUGCUAAUCCCGACACAGACUUUGCUACUAUUAGUAAGCGUCUUGGUGAGCUCUGGGCAACAGUACCCAACAACGAGAAGUAUGCUUGGAAAAGGCGUGCUAAACGUGUCGCUUUGACCAAGCCUGGAUCAGAUGCAUCGGCACAGAGUUCUGUAACUCAAGGAGUUGGCGGAUCAAGUCAGCAGACGGACGGUGGUCGCUGGCGGACUUCUGGGUCCCGCUCGAAGUUCAUCAAUAAAGCUGGUGGUGGAUCCUCAUUAUCGGGUGCAACAUCAGGGGCAGCCGCUAGGCAAGAAAGUGGCACUACUACUGGAGGAAUGUCAGUGACUGGCGCAGUUGGAAGUGGUUCACGCAGUAGUGCAGGUACAUCAGCAUCAAGUGGAAGUGCACGCCACCACCAGCAACAGCAGCAACAGGUUGCAGAUUCAAAGGCUGGAGCUGCAGCAGGAGCAUCUGGUGGGCGGGGACUGGUAGCUGAGCCUGCAGUGGGACCCGGCCUAUACAAGGUCGUUGGCACACAGCCUGUGGACGUGGCAGCUCAUCUGAAGUUGCUCGGGGAAUCACUCGGCAUUAUUGGUGAACGCCUGAAAGAACAUGAGGGUCAAAUUGCUGUUUCUGGUAGCCUAUCUGUCUUGCUGGACUCACUUCUGUGUGCUCUUGGCCCUCUCAUUUGCCUGACGCGGCAGCUGCCAGAAACCAACAGCUGUCCACCGGAGAUGCUGUCGAAACUGCUUGACAACAUUGCCUACUUUAUGCCAGGCCUCUAGUGGUAAAAGGAGAGGUGUACUUCCUUGCCAAAGAAGAGAAUGGCUGCAGACUGUGAAGGUUUAUAAAGACCUGAGGAACUUGUCACACUGCCUUGGAGAUGUGCAUGGAGGGCACUGUGAAAUUAGUGCACCUACCAGUAGUGGAACUGAUUUUUAUGAGUACAGUUAUGACAGGUUUUUCAGUGUAGUUUUGUUAGGAGCCACUUAAUGUAUGCAAACAUCAGUCCCAAAGGAUGCAUGUCAAAUGGUGGAAUCUGAAAAAGACUUCAGUUUUGGAAACAGGUUGAUGCUAAUGUUUUAGGUGUACUAGAGGAGGUGCCACUAGUAGGGAGAACAACAAAUGUGCUUUAAACAUUCAAGGGAGACCAAGCACUUGCCCUGCAUGAGUAUAUGUUGAAACCAUGCUUUGGUGAACACACAUGACAGCUGGUUGAAAGUGUUUUCAACUACAGAGUCGGUAGAGCUAGGGGAUGGUAGUGAACAUUUUGAGAAUUACGCCUGCAGUUUUUCUGAUGUUGAGAAAACUUUUGCUUCUGAGUUCAUAGACAGCAUGCACAUAUCUGCAUAAUUUUUUAAGAAAAAGUCAGAGCUCGAUACACUUGUACACACUAAUAGGACCAAUUGACAACAAAACUCAAAAUUGAAGUGUGGUUCUUGCCAGCUGGUGGCAAGGUAGUGAACACAAGAGAUCAUUUUUAUGUGUGAGACCUGUGCCUUGAAAAUCUUCAAAGAAACAUGCAUAAAUUUAAAAUAGAUUUGCACAACAUUUUAACUCAGAUGGGUGAGUCACCUGACAAGACAAUUGUGAUUAAUCUGUAUUUAUGUAUGUGCAAAGGUUCAGUUAAAGACAAUAACUAAACUGUGAAUCAUUUUUAUUCAUACUAGUAUGAAUAUACAGUAGCAUUUGACCACGUGAUAAAUGUAAGUUCACUGAACUACAUGGGAUUGUUAACCAAAUUUCCCAUGUCAGCUUGAACCAGCAGUUCAUUCAUUUUAUACUGUCAUUGUUUUGUACAUUUGUAGUAUACUCUCUUAAUUUCACUGCUGUAUAUUCUUCAUAAUAAUCACUUGCUCUCUUAGGCUUUUCUGCAUCACAUGCUUUAACAGUGUUGUUGCACAAAGAUUCUUAAUGUUGGUGAUACCUCAAUAACAUCAUUAUUCCCCAAGUUGUCUUCUGCUACCUCCUGAAGUCUACAUUCAUCUUCCUCUACACAAUUUCUUCAGCAGCAUAUCUUGUUGGCUUGACACGACUUUUUCAAACAAGUUCUCACAUGUACAAAAUCAAAGACUAUUUUGGGUGGAAGAAACAUUGCUAGUAUCAGGGUAUAUACGUGGACAACGAAAAAGAAAAUCCUGGAUUUCCAUGUUAAAAAUAAACUUUUUCCUUAUUGAGUGACAGUAUGCUUUUCCUUGGAACAGUAAAACUUAUCAAUUUAUUUAUUUAUUUUAUUUAUCCAUCCAUUGACAAUAAAUAUUGUAUGGAUGUUGUCAAGGGUACAUGUAAGCCAUUUCAAAGAAAUGGGACACAAACAAUAUAUACGUAAAAA